AUGGAAAAAGAGGAGGAGAGAAAUAAGCUGAAAAGGGAAGAGCUGGAGAAAAAGCUAAAGGAGGAGAAGGAAAAGGAGGAGAGAGAAAGGAAACAACAUGAGGAGGAACAGAGGAUGGAAAGGGAGAGAAAAGAAAGGAUUGAGAGGGAAAAGGAGGAGGAGAGACAGAGGUUGGAAAAGGAGAGAAAGGAGAUGGAGAGAGAAAGAAUUAUGAGGGAAAAGGAGGAGAGAGAAAGGAAGCAACAGAUUGAGGAAGAAAGGAAACAACAUGAGGAGGAACAGAGGAUGGAAAGGGAGAGAAAAGAAAGGAUUGAGAGGGAAAAGGAGGAGGAGAGAAAGAAGCUGAAAAAGGAGGAGCUGGAGAAAAAGCAAAGGGAUGAGAAGGAAAUGGAGGAGAGACAGAGAAUGGAGAAGGAGAAAGAAGUGCUAGCAAAAAAACAAAGGGAGGAUAAGGAAAAGGAGGAGAGACUGAGAGAGGAGAAGGAAAAGGCAGAGAGAGAAAGGAAGCAGCACAUUGAGGAAGAAAGGAAAGAAAAUGAGGAAAGGAAGAGAAAGGAUGAGGAGGCUCGGGUCAGGCAGAGAGAAAGGGAUAGCAGAGGAGAGAAACCACAACAGAAAAAAGAGAUGACCUCUGGUUCUACGUCACUGCAGGAAGUCACCGACAGCCAAUCAGAUGACUGGCCUCCUCUGAGAGAAGCAGAGUUGGAUGAUAUUGCAAUUGAUGAGAAACGUCAAUGUGACGAAGAGCAAUCAGAAAGCAAGUCGGAUCCCAAAGAAGUGAAAACAAAUACUGAAGUCAAACUGGUUCCGAAGACACCUGCUGAUUCUGUCCCUGCAGACAAAACAACAAGCACACUGGAGUCGAGAUCAGUCCAACAGAAGGACUCUGUAAUUGCUGUUAAGAAAACCCUGGAUAAUCCUGGUCUGAGAUCAGUGAAAAAAGAUAACCUAAAGUCUGGUGCCAUCCCAGUGUGGUUGAGAGAGGAGGAGGAGGAGGAGGAAGAUGAGGUGGAGUAUGAGAGAGGACAGGAUGAUCUUGGCUCUGUCUGGAUGGCUGAGAUGUACAUGGAAGGGAGAGCAGGCCCAGGCCCCCUGUCCCAGACGCCGUCCUCACUCCCAUCCAGUGGACAGACCCUUAACCAAAACUCUCUCGUCAGUCAACCAAAGAAACCUGAACUCUCCAAAAUCAGUCUGGCAGACCAUCCUCAACCUCAACCUCCAGCUGGGUUUAAGCAGGAGAAAGAAAUCAGUCCGGAAACUGAAGCCAAACCUGCUCCACAAUGUAUUGGAAAACAAACGCUGCAGCCAAUAAAAGAACAGAAACAUGAUGUUAUCACAAAAACUGGCCAAGCUGCCAGUAAGGAGGAAGCACUUGAUCAAUUGUCUUCAGUGCCUUUGCCAAAUCCUCCUAGCAUAAACCGUGCCAGCAUACAGUCAAACACAGAAAUACACAUAAAUAAAAUAAAUGAUGACACAAAAAUGGCCAAAAAAGUGAAGGAUGAUAAAGACAUAAGCCACCCCAGUUCAAACACCGACAAAGACACCUCAACAAGUGCACAAUUUGAAUGGCCUCACACACAUACACACACUUCUGACCCUGACCAUAUCACCAAAAACCAACAGCUUCAAGAGGAGGAGAGGCUGUUAUUGGCUAAGAUCCAUCUGAUGACAGGUGACACAUCCCCUGUCCCUGGCCCUCGCACUAUGAAGCUCCUCAUCCCAGACCCCCGGGAGAUUGACUUUGAAACAUCAGAGCUUGUUGCUCACAGUAGUGACUUGAGGCAUGGUGGUAAUACCAUGAAGGAAAUAUCUCUAACUGAGGAAGAAGAGCCACAAUCCCUUGAGUUGGGGAAAAAUCAAGAAGGCGUGGAGGAUGUGCAAAAAGGACAACAGGCUGACCUCCCUGAUGGUGGAAAGAAGAAAACAUCAUCACAUCUUGACACACGCAUUGCUCCUGCUCAUGAGAUGACAUCAUCCCGACUGCCUACGUUAGCAGAAGAAGAAACCUCUGACAUUAAGCCCCCUCAGCCUUCUCCACUGGUCAGAGAGGAGGCUGACGGGAAGGACGAUGUAGCUGAGGGCCUGGUGACCUCCACCCAAUCUCUGCUGCAGUGGUGUCAGGACAUCACCAAAGGUUACCGCGGGAUAAAGGUCACCAACUUCAGCACGUCCUGGAGAAAUGGAAUGGCCUUCUGUGCUAUCCUACACCACUUCCAUCCUGACAAAAUACAAUUUGACCAGUUGUACCCUCAUGACAUCAAGAUCAACAACAAAAAGGCCUUUGAUGGUUUCGAGGCUCUGGGCAUCUCUCGCCUGCUGGAGCCGUCCGACAUGGUUCUGUUGUCCGUCCCCGACCGGCUCAUCGUCAUGACCUACCUCAGCCAGAUCCGAUCACACUUCACCAACCAGGAGCUGAGCGUGCUGCAGAUCGAGCACAACAGCAGCCAGUCCAGCUACGGCCUCGCCCUCUCCGGCCCCGGUCCGACGGAUGUGGACGCGGCCGCUUUCUGCAUGGCCCGACUCAACGAAGGAGUGAGCCUCGAGGAGGGAGGCAGCAGCACCUUGGUGGUCCCACCACCGAGGACGAAAAGACUGGGGGACGAUUCGAUCUCACCAGUCCCACCCCCACGUUCCAAAGUAGUCAGAUUUGGACAGACUCAGGAUGAAGAAACAACUACUGGAUUCACUUAUAACAAAGGGAUGCAGAGCACAGCUGAGACCCAGCCUCCCAAACAAGAAGAGGAAAAAAUGUGUCUGCAGGACACCAGUCAGUAUGUGGUGAGCGAGCUGGCAGCGUUGGAAACGGAGCAGAAACACAUCGACAGCAGAGCCGCUGUGGUGGAGAGACGACUGCGAAGCCUCAUGGAAACAGGAAGCGACCGUGAUGAAGAAGAGAGACUGAUCCAGGAGUGGUUCACUCUGGUGAACAAGAAGAACGCUCUGAUACGCAGACAGGACAACCUGGAGCUUCUACAAGAGGAGCAGGAUCUGGAGAGGAAGUUUGAGCUGCUGAACAGGGAACUCCGGGUCAUGAUGGCUAUAGAAGACUGGCAGAAGUCGUCCUCUCAGCAGCAGAGGGAGCAGCUGCUCCUCCAGGAGCUCGUGUCUUUGGUCAACCAGCGGGACGAGAUCAUCAGAGACAUCGACGCCAAGGAGAGAGGGGCAUUAGAGGAAGAUGAGCGUCUGGAGCGCGGUCUGGAGGCAAGGAGGCAAAAAUACAACAGCAAAGACAAAUGUGUCCUCCAGUGAGAAUAGUUUUUACUUCUGAGACUCUGCAGUUCUGAAAUCUCCACAUUUUGUUUGUUUUGUAGUGCCUUUAUUUUCCCGGAGAACUGUUUAAACCUAUUAUAAGGACAGACAAGAUACGGGGCGCAUACUGUGCCUUCUCUGAAGGUAUUUUCUUGAAAUGUAAUAUAUAUUCAUGUUGAAGUUUCAGUCUGUCUUAAGUAUUAUUUUAAUUCUGUUCACAUACUUGUAUUUAUUUAAAUGAUGCCUCAGAUUAUUGUAUAUCUAUUGCACAUGUUUUUGUGUGUAUUUUCAUUGGUGUGUGUGUUUGUUCUUUGAACACUGGCUAUUCAAUUUGUUGUUAAAUGGAGAACAUAUUCCCCUCAUCACAACAAGAGCUUGUCAAAAUGUGCCUGGUCAUUUCUGUUGUUUCUGCGGGUAUCCGUCUUACAUUUCUAUUUCUAUAAGUAAAGAACACAUAUUAGAUGUACAAAUACCAUGUGACAAGUCAUGAGCUGGACUCAAUCUCACAGUAUUGAGAGUACAGUGCCUGUUAAGGACGCCCGCCAACAAUCCAUUCUUAGAAACCCGAAAAACAUUUCCACUUAUUGCAAUAUUGAUUGUUUGGUUUUUCUGAUGUUAUAUGUUGAAAGUGUUCUCAAACCUUGUGUGCUCACAGACCCUGAAUGCCUUAAAUCAACCAUAACGUGUAUGGUUGGGAUGUUCGUGCCUGUUUAAUCCACUGAAAUGAACCUGUUUCCUUACCUCUUUGAACUUUGACUACUAUAUGCAUGUUGUUUGAAGUGUGCUGAUAAAGUGGGACUCUGCUUUUUAUCCCAAAUAUAUGACUUUCACACACUGUACCCCUGAUGUUGCUGUUUAUAUUUAUGAGGUGAAGACUUGAUGAAUGAUAUUGAUUAUUGUGUUGAAGAAACAUAAAUAUUGGUUGGUUAUGUC